AUGGCUGAUCUCGAACUGUUUUACUUUGAUCAACCCGAUCCGAGAGACACCUCCCUGGUUUUAAAUAAGCAGAGUGUCGCGGAGAUCUGGGGCGGCGGCGGAAAGUCACUUCAUCCCGGGGGAGGAGACGGUUCAGCACCAUGGACAGAGAGCCAGAGAGCCGCGCGGCCGCAGGAGGAAACAGAAACAUCUUUCACCUGCAGAUACCAAGAUGAUGAGGAUGGUGAUGAUGUCCGGCUGAUAGAGACAAGUCCGCAAACCUGCAGACUGAGUCAAAGCUGCUCAAACGAACUGUACGAGGAGGAGGAGGAGGAGGUGGUGGAUGAAGAGGAGGAGGACAUCCCGGAACUUUAUUUGCUGUCCGACGACGACCUCUCAUCUGACGGCUCGGGGAAGUCCGUGGAUUACGGCUUCAUCAUCGCCGUGACUUGCCUGGUAACUGGCAUCUCUUUGGUCGCCAUAUCCUACACGGUCCCCAGGGACGUGCGUGUAGACCCGGACAGCGUGUCCGCCCGGGAGAUGGAGCGCCUAGAGAGGGAGAAAGCCAGAGUAGGGGCCCAUCUGGACCGGUGUGUCAUAGCGGGACUGUGCCUGCUCACCCUCGGGGGCGUGCUGCUCUCCACCUUGCUCAUGAUCUCCAUGUGGAAAGGGGAGAUGAUGAGGAGGAAAGCUUUUGCUUAUUCCAAACACGCAGCAAAGUUGUACGGCUCGAUCAGUUUGAGAGCAGGCUCCAGCCCGACUCGGGAAUCCUGCUCACAUUUGUCAGUGGCUGAUGAGGAUUUAGAAGUGCUCAGCUGA